CUGCCCACGCGCCCACGCAUGGGGAGCCGGCACUCAGGUGGACCCCUCAAGGGGCCUCUGCGCUCGCGGGGUAGUGAAAGAAGAGCCUCCCACCUGCCCGAGGUCGGGCAUUGAUUGGCUCUGCCUGGCGCAGCCCCCGCCCUUGCAGCGGAAUGCGGUGCACUUCAGACCUGAGCAGUUGCUCGGGCUGCACUCAGGGAGGGAACCAGCAGCCUGGGCCCAGGCCCUGGCCACCAUGGGGCUGCCUCCAGGCCCAGCUACCCUCCCGCACACAUUGCUGCUCCUGCCAACCCUUCUGAGCUCAGGUUGGGGGGAGUUGGCACCACAAAUUGAUGGUCAGAUCUGGGCUGAACGGGCACUUCGGGAGAAUGAGCGCCACGCCUUCACCUGCCGGGUGUCAGGGGGCCCCGGCACCCCACAAUUGGCCUGGUACCUGGAUGGACAGCUACAGGAAGCCAGCACCUCAAGACUGCUGAGUGUGGGCGGGGAGGCCUUCUCUGGAGGCACUAGCACCUUUACUGUCACUGCCCAGCGGGCCCAGCAUGAGCUGAACUGCUCCCUACAGGACCCAGGCAGUGGCCGGUCAGCCAAUGCCUCCGUCAUCCUCAAUGUACAAUUUAAGCCGGAGAUUGCCCAGGUCGGGGCCAGGUACCAGGAAACUCAAAACCCAGGCCUCCUGGUUGUCCUGUUUGCCCUGGUACGUGCCAACCCACCUGCCAAUGUCACCUGGAUUGACCAGGAUGGGCCAAUAACUGUCAACACCUCUGACUUCCUGGUGCUCGAUGCUCAGAACUAUCCAUGGCUCACCAACCACACUGUGCAGUUGCAACUGCGCAGCCUGCCACACAACCUCUCAGUAGUGGCCACGAAUGAUGUGGGUGUCACCAGUGCCUCGCUUCCAGCCCCAGGACUCCUGGCCACCCGAGUGGAAGUGCCACUGCUGGGCAUCGUUGUGGCUGGAGGGCUUGCCCUGGGCACCCUAGUGGGAUUUAGCACCUUGGUGGCCUGCCUGGUCUGCAGGAAAGAGAAGAAGACCAAAGGCCCCUCCCGGCGCCCAUCUCUGAUCUCUAGCGACUCCAACAACUUGAAACUCAACAAUGUGCGCCUGCCACGGGAGAACAUGUCCCUCCCAUCCAACCUUCAGCUCAAUGACCUCACUCCAGACUCCAGAGGGAAACAAGCAGACCAGCCAAUUGCUCGCAACAGCAGCCGGCCAGAGCUUCUGGACCCUGAGCCUGGCGGCCUCCUCACCAGCCGAGGCUUCAUCCGCCUCCCAAUGCUGAGCUACAUCUAUCGAGUGUCCAGUGUGAGCAGUGAUGAGAUCUGGCUCUGAGCUAAGGGUCAUCCUCUGCCUGGCUGUAUUGCCAGCAUGAAGAGGCCAUGCAGCUGCCACUUGUUGGGUCUGCUGCCUAGGGUCCCCUGUUGUUCAUGCCAUAUUUCACUGGGAUCUGACCCACGGGGCCCAGGUGUCAUCAGCAAGAUUGCUAGCCAGAACAAAGCCCCUGUGCUAACCGAAGUUGGGCACCUAUGCGUGAUGACUGGGCCCCAGCAGAUGGAACUCUUUGGCCGUGUGUGUUCAGGUAUCAAUCACUCAGCAUCCAAGUGUGGCUAUACGCCCCAUAUCAGUACUCCUUAGCACCUUAUACAGAAGGCAUGGGGGAUGCCCUGCGAGGGGGACAGGGAGGGCCCUGCACGUCUUGGAUGUCCUUCCUAUGCUAUGCAGCUUUGUUCCCUCAGGAACAUCUAGUACCCUGCUAGCUGUAUAGAACCAAACUGCUCUUUGCACAGGAGCCAACCCCCUGGCCCAGGGGUCCUGGCCAAGCACAAAUUAGUCCCUUUUGCUGUGUACUGCUCUGCUCGUCUUUGUCCCUUUGUGCCCACCUCCUCUUGGGCACCAUAGGUUAUACACUGGACCCUCUUCAGGGGGCACUAGACUUCCACAUUGGCCUGGCUUCCAGUAAUGUCAGUGCCAGGUGUUAGCACAAGUCAGGAAGGAGGAGAGUGGUCCCCAGGAUAGCAAGUAUUGCGGUGCCCAGGAGAGCAAGAAGCUAUGCAUCAUUUUCAGUGUUAGCACUUAAAGCACAUCCCCUAGGGGAGGGGGCAAGAGAGGGCCCCAGAGCCCUCUUGGAUUCCCCAAAUUUGGCCUUCCUGUGAUUCACUGUGAGUGCCCUGAGCCCUCAGGAUUGACAGUUUUCUCUCAGCACAUCUCCCGCACCUGUGGGACCCCGGCUGUGAUCAGUCCCUGGCUGCUGUAUCAGAACGCAUUCACUCAUCCUGCCCAACCUCUGUUCUUUAGGGAAUGGUCACUUUAGGCGCAGAAGCUUUACGGGGGAUGGGAGAAAAAGGGAGCCCACAUGCCCCAAAAUGAUACAAGAAUGCUUUAAAAAGCAAUAUGGAAAUAACCAGAAAUUAAUAGGAUACGAAAUAUAUUUUUCCCUUGUUCCUAUCUUGUUUUGUAAUUUUUCUCAUGUUACUGCCUAGGACUGUGCUUGGCACACAGUAAAAUUCAAUAAACUUGACUGAAUGGACA